AUGGGUUCUCAUGAAGGAGGAGAAAAGUUACAGAACGGCGGACUGUCGGAGAUGUCGGAGGCGGAAUCUCUCUUGACUCGACUUCUCAACAUCAACCCUCCAGCCCCGUCGGACCCAAUUGUUCAAAAGCUUCUUCCCCAUGAGAUACAAUCAUUACAGCAUCAGGUUAUGCCUGAUGACUAUCCCCGAGAUCUUUCAUCCGUCCUUCAUCAGGCCAUGGCAGUCUUCAAUAACCGCAUGCGCCUCGCCCACCCACGCUGCUUCUCUUACAUACCCGCAUGCCCAAGUCCUCUUGCCCGCCUAGGUGAUCUGCUAACUUCUGCCUGCAAUGUAAAUGCGGUCAGUUGGGAUGUGAGCGCUGGCCCGAAUGCUGUCGAAAAAGCGAUGAUAGCCUGGCUGGGUGCUCAGCUUGGGUUGCCAGAAUCGGUUGGAGGGUGCUUUGUCUCCGGCGGCUCGAUAGCGAAUAUGACAGCCAUCACUGCAGCUCGCGAUGAGAUGCUAAAUCCCAUGCAACGAGCAAAUGCAGUUAUUUACACUUCCGAUCAAACGCAUAUCUCAAUUCGCAAAGCGCUACACAUAACGGGCUUCAUGGACUGUCAAAUUCACAAAAUACCCUGCGAUGAUAAGUUCUGUAUAGACGUGGACCUCCUACGAUGCGCUAUUAGCACAGACCGAGAAGCUGGACGUUUGCCUUUCCUUCUAGUCGCCAGUUGCGGGAGUACCAACACAGGCAGUAUCGACCCUCUCCAUUCACUAGCUGAUAUUGCACGAGACGAAGGACUAUGGCUACAUGUGGACGGUGCAUACGGUGCAUCCAUUGCGCUCUCUGACAAGCAUAGCCAUCUCAUUGAUGGCAUAGGCCGUGCGGAUAGUGUUUCUUGGGAUGGGCAUAAGUGGCUUUUUCAGACAUAUGGUUGUGGGAUCGUGCUCACGCGUAACAUGCAUUCUCUUGUGCGCAGCUUCGCCAUAGAUGCCGAAUAUCUGGAUAGUGUAAUGGCGCCACAGGGAAACACCAACUUUUAUAAUCUUAGUCCAGAGCUCAGUCGCCCAGCGCGUACCAUGUCUCUUUGGCUCACUGUCAAGACACUGGGACGCCAUCGAAUGGGCGAGAUGAUUGACCAAGGCUUUCUUCUUGCCCGUACCGCAGAUUCCAAUCUUCGCCGAUACAAGAACUGGACUAUCGCGGCUCCAACUGUCACUAGCAUCGUGGUUUUUCAAUAUACACCUCGCGGUCUCGACGAAACAGCAUUGAACGCAUUGAACAAGGCUAUUUCAGAGCAACUCUUAGCGGAGAAUAUUGCCGCUAUACUCACCACCAAAAUCCGCGGACGAACAUCACUUCGAAUGUGCAUGAUGAACCCGCUGGUAAAGCCAGAGACUAUCGACAAUGUUAUUCUUCAGGUUGACAGAUUGGCCCAAUCUGAGCUGCUCAAGGCUUAUCCAAAGAUGGCACAGAAGUUGAACCGUCAUUGUCAAGAAUGCUCUGGUGUUUUUCAAGAUGGUCCUGAAGUAUAUUCUAUGUGCAGACCUGAGAGAGUACUACCAUAG